UGUAAAAACGUGUAGCUUAUGGACGCGGUGAGAAGAGCAGGUAGCAGGGUAUCUUUAGCUUGCUUGUUGUUGGCAGUGUAGCGUCUCUCUACAAUGUAUUCUGUUUUAAUUAACGCGUUACUGUCCAGCUCUCCUGACUACGACAUUUUGUUUGAGUCUCUAACCUGGCCGCGUGACUCAUGGCCGGGGACGGAGCGAGUGGAAGCGCUGACAGCUUUCAUUGAAGGACUCGGACCCCUCUUGGCCGACUCGGACACGACUACGUUUUCAGCUGCGAAAAGAGGAUCUAUUAAAAGUAAAAUCGACUCGAUGAUUUGGACACAGUGUCUGCCUCUCCUCUCCGGGAUAGCAGCAGAAGCCGGUGAGGACAUGCGGUGCAGGGAGAGCACUGCUGCUGCAUGCCGACUCUUGAACAUCUGUGUCCGGCUGUGUGAUGAGACUGUGCCGGGGAGAGUGGCUCUGUCUGUCCUGCCCUCGCUCCAGCUGUCAGAGGAGGAGGUGCCCGCUCCGGGACGACUCAGCGUGGAGGUUGCCAUUGAAGUCAUGGCUGCUCUUGUGCCUUCUCUGUCAGCUGAUGAACAGCUCACACUCACCACAGUGUCAUCUGCCUUGUCAUGCAUCAAAACACUCCCUGAUGCAUUGGUGUCUAAAAUCACAGUCAGGCUUCUCCUAACUGUCCUGAACUGCUGCAGCGGUGCGAAGUUAACAAGCAUCCUCAAGUUGAUCCUGGAUGACCUGUGCAGCUGGCACUCCACUGACAGCACACCUGUGGUCACAGAGCGGGCACUGCUGUGUCUGACCGCCCUGUCAGACCACCUGCUGAAACCUCACUACCUUCCCUCCUCUUCAUCUUCCUCCUCCUCAUGUGAGCCCGACCCUCGUCUGUCCCUCCAAUUCUGGAGGAUGGUUCAGGAUGGACUGACGCACAGAGACAGCCUGUCACGUAAGAGGGCGUUGUACCUGCUGAAAAUGUGCGUGGCCCUGUCAGAGGAGGAGGGGGUGGACUGUCCUGUCUCUCCAUCAGAGGAAGAUGAGAUCUUAUUCAAAUGGGCUCCUAACAGGAGCAAGUUGCUCAGAGAGUUUUGGGAGGACUAUGCACUGGUGAUGGAGACACUGGAGGAAAACCAGGUUCAUGUCGUCCGGCCAGUUCUAAACAGAAUAGACACACUGAUCCAAACAACAGUGAAUGAUAGUCAAGCUUCAGGUCAAGUCUUCUUCCACCCCUCCUGGCUGCUGUGUGUGUACCAGCGCAUGUUCCACAGUGAGAAUAAAUCCUUAAUGAGAGAGGGAGUGUGUCAUCUGCUCGAGCUGCAUGUCCUCCAGCAGCCAGCCUUUGCUCUGGCCUUUUCUCAGUUCAUUGUGGGCCCCUUUAUGGAUGUUUUGUCUGAAUCUUCACUCUUCCAAAGGUCAGUCGGGCAGAGAGUAGGAGACUGUCCUGAGCUCGGGGCUAAACUCCAAGUCUUCAUGGCCUCCUUCUUCAGCAGCCUACCAUCAGAGCACAGAGGCCGUUUGCUGCUGCAGAUGAUUCAGCAGCUGUGCUCGAAGCACUGGUGUGCAGUACCCCUCCUCUUCCUCUCUCAAGCUCUAUCUGAACUCCCCCCGAGCCCACUAGUGGGGAUCGCCGGGCUCACCGCUCUCAGGGAGGUACUGCGCUGCACCAUGAUCACUCAUCAAGUCCUGCUGAGAGGUGCUGCUCAGUGCUUCCUGCUGAAUACCGCCCUCUGUCUCACAGAAGUGAGCUCGGUGACCCUCGAUGAUGUUUUUAGUUUCCUGAUGGAUUUCCGUGCAGACGAGUCACUGUGUAGAGGGACGCAGAUUUGGAAUCAGGCGUGUGCCUGGCUGUUGGACAAUGAAGGCACUUUCAAGCUGAGGAUUAUGGAUGGAGAUUGUGCUGGUGCUGCCACUAAGAAAGAAACUGUAAGAGACUACGUUCAAAGCGAGAUACACGCCUAUCUCCGAGUCCCAGCCAGCACAGGUCACACUGAGAGGUUACCCGACUCCAGAGAGGCCGAUAAGUUGGCCAGGGCCAUUUUGCUGUGUGUGGAUAUGGAGAGGAAUCAACUCGGAGCAGAGGUCGGUAACACUCUGGAGACGCUACUGUCUCCGCUGCUGGACACCCUGAGCAGAGUCAGCACCAACAUCUACUUGCCUCUGCGCAAGAGUGACAAGAGCCUGCAGCUCGUGCUGCGACUGUUCCAGCUUGGAGGAACACCAAGCUGUCAGCAUGCUGGAGGGGAGCAAGAGGAUACUGUGAUGGUUGCCACGGAGAGGCUAAUUUUUAAACACGUCGAUCCAAUCCAGGAGUUUAUCUUGAGGCGGCUGCUUGGGGAACUGCAGGAGCUGUUUGAUGUGGAGCGGGCAGAGCUGUAUCUGUGUGUCCUGAAGCAGCUGGUGGUCUUGUACAGUUCCACACCACAGCACCUCGGUAAAAUGCAGCAGACAUAUUUCCCCAAACUCAUCAAGUACAGCAUCAAGGUCCUGCAAGAACCAAGCCAGCAGAUCCACUCUGUGGCAAACCAGGUAGCUAAGACAGUUGCUAUGGCAUCCCUGGCUAUGGUAUGUGGUUUUGUUGGGCAGGAAGUGAUUGACAUGCAAUCAGAGACCAUUUCUGCUCUGAGAACACUGAACGAGUACUUCUACGAUCCAGUGUCAACUUCCCCCCAAAGUCAGCCCUCUUUAGGAAACUUUAAUAAACGCUUGCACAAACCACAGACAGGAGACAGUUCAAGUGAUGUAGGAAUGCAGGGUCGUCUGCUGCAGGACUGGGGACGCAUCGCUGCCAAUUUUAUGCGGGACCAGUGGAUUUGUCUGAGCUUCCUGAUCAAGGCUGUUGGGAUCCCUGAGUCUGUAGAGAUUUCCAAAGUGUCUGAGACUCUCAAGGCUGCUCUGAGCUGCAGUGUGGAGGCCCUGGCUCUGCUGCCCAGUGAUCUGGUGCUGCCUGUGCUCACAUUUAUGGAGACAGUGCUGCCAAAACUACUGCCUCAUGAGGAGGCCCUGUGUGUGGAGGCUGUGACUCUGAGCUGGCAGCUGGUGCAGGGGCUUAACACCACCGCCCAUGAUUUCUGGCCGGCCCUGAAAGGUUUCGUCUCCAUGGCCUUCCACGGAAAACUGCUUGAGCUGACGGACAUUUCUGCUCCGACACUUCUGGCCACCUUGAAACAGAUUGCUGCUGAGCUGAUAGAGCUGUCUCAGUCAAAGAGCGGAGUGCUCGGUGUGCUGCUUCAACACUGCUGUCAGACAUGGCUGCCCACAGACCGAGGCAGCGGUGACAUGGCUGACACAGUGUUUGCCAGUGUUUUCAGCCACAUCAACAUACUCACAGAGGCUUGUGUCUAUGGACCUGUGUUCAGGAGAGAUCAACGGCUCAUCCAGGAUAUCCAAACAUAUGUGGAGCAGCUCGGUGAAGAGUGUGCUGCCAAUGUGGCUGUAACAAGUGAUAACAGGGAUGACCAGUUGCCUCGCACAUGUGUACUGGCCUUCCUCAGCCGCCUGGAUUCCUCGAAUCAGCAGCAUGAAAGACUGAUGGAGCAACUGGUCAUGGAUUUGUUGAAAAAGGAUAAUGACAUAUCAAAGUCAAAAGUACGUUACUAUAGCAACUCCCUGCAGCAUCGUGUCAAAAACAGAGUGUGGCAAGCACUGCUGCUGUUGCUGCCCAAACUCCGAGAGGAGUUUGUCGCCGCUGUGCUGAACAGUGUGUUUGAAGCUGGAUUCUGCAGCAACCAGGCCUCAGUCAAGUACCUGAUGGAGUGGAUGAUGAUUCUGAUUCUCGUCCGCUAUCCACAACACAUGGACAGCUUUUGGGGCUGCUUCAACAGGGAUCAUGACAAGACCAAAACAAGCAUCUGCACCUUCCUGUCAGUCCUGGUACAUUUCAAUGUCAUCAUUCCUAAUCUGAAGGAUAAGGCUGUGCAUUUGCGUAAAGCGCUGGACAUCAUCCUGCAGUGGUGUUUCAACCAUAACUUCAGCGUGCGUCUGUAUGCCUUACUGGCCCUGAAGAGGGUGUGGAGCUUGGCUGGAGACAGGGCAGAGGACGGUGCUGAUGGGUUGGGAGGGCUGUCCACUGUGAUCAAGGCCUGUCUGAACCAGGCUGAGGCCAUGCAGAGCACUGGAAAUGCCAACAAGAACUGGACGAGGAUUCAGGAGCACUUCUUCUUUGGUGCCUUUCACCCUAUCAGGGAUUACAGUGUUGAGACUAUAUUCUAUACUUUCCCCAGUCUGUCAGAGUUGGCCGAUGAUGAGUGGAUUCCACCCUGGAAGUUUGAGAAACUGUCAUGUUUCUCUGAGAGUCCAUCUUUUCCUCUGAGAAAUCCUGCUCCUGACCUGAGCCAGCUCCAGCCUGGAGACUGGAUCCAGCAGGACAAAGGCGAGCAGAAUAAGGAGGAGCGCUGGGCAGAGGUGCAGAAGAAGAUCACUCCCUGGAGGUUGGGGAUCCAGGAGCAGGAGCCCGAACUUCAGCUGGUUCCUCAGCAGAGGGCUGCUCGACUGGGCAAACUGCAUGGCGCCCUGCUGGUGGUAGCCUCGCUCAUCGACAAGCCCACCAAUCUAGGAGGUCUGUGCAGGACCUGUGAGAUCUUUGGUGCCAGCGCUCUGGUUCUAGACAGCCUCCGCCACGUCGGUGACAAACACUUUCAGUCCCUGAGCGUCUCGUCUGAGCUGUGGCUUCCUCUCUUAGAGGUGAAGCCAUUGGAGCUCGCUGACUUCCUGCAGGUAAAGAAGAGUGAAGGGUACUGUAUUGUUGGAGUGGAACAGACGGCCAACAGUCAGAGCCUGCAGGAUUACCAGUUCCCUGAGAAGACCCUGCUACUUCUGGGCAAUGAACGAGAGGGUAUCCCCGCCAACUUGCUCCAGAUGUUUGAUGUGUGUGUGGAAAUCCCUCAACAAGGGGUCACCCGGUCACUCAACGUGCAUGUGAGCGCUGCCCUGCUGAUUUGGGAAUAUACCCGGCAACAUCUCACCUCUGGCUCAGCUGAAGGCAACUCCAAAUCUGAAAAGUGAGGACGAAACCGGCAGUGCAGCCCCAUGGAUGUGACAUCUGACCUCUCUCGGUCCUCUCUGGUGUGAAAAGCAUCUCGGGGAACAUGAGGACGCUCCUUACAGUUCAUGCCAGGACCUUGAGGAUUUUUAUGUUCUGUCUGAGGACUCCAUCCUUUGAGGUUUUAAUGUGGUCAGCAGUCAUCAUCGCUGCUCUUGUGCCUUAAUGAGAGUCAUGAAUAGAGAGAGAGAGACUGGUUAUUACAUCUAAAUAUUCCACUGGGCAUGCUGUUAUAUUAAUGGAGGCAAUCUCUGUGUUGGCAGAGCAGAUGCAUUAAUGGAGAAUUUCCCCUUUGAGGGGGAAGUGUCUUGUUUAUGUGAGCAAUUAGAUUUUUCCUCAUGGCACCAGGACUGGACUAUAAUGUCCAUAUCCAGGAAACUAUUAUACAUAAUGUAUAAAUUCUGAUUUUGUUAUGACAUAAUUCUCUGUGUUGUUAAUGUUAUAUUGCAGUUCAGGAUUUUAAAUUAACUUUUUUUUUUUUACACAGUUGAAUAAAUAAAACUUUGACAUUAUCUGUUUUAUCAACCUGUGUUAUCUUUUUUAUUUUGAUUAGUGAUUGCAUAAUCAAAGGCGGCAGUGAAGGGGUUAAAUAAGGUACAGGUGUUCCUGCAUCCUCCCUCCCCUAAAAAAAAGAAAGAAUAGGAGUUGGUUUACCUGGAGACCGUCCGACCGGAGGAGGAGCAAAUGGAGGACGUUUGAUCACUCAUUUUCCGUCAAGUCAGGCUUGUAUGUGAUUAACCAUGUGAGGACAGCGGUUAUUGGAGCGGGACAUGGGUUACGUGGAUGGCCACUGGUCGGUGUCCCUGAAGGCAGCAGCGGCCAACGCGAGCGGAACGCGCGGCGCGGGGCUCGGUGUGUCCCGGCAGACCCAGCUGCUCCUGGAGGUCCUCAUGGUGUUUAUGUGUUUGGGCGCAGUGACAGGUACAGAAUCACCUGGAGACAUUUUAUUCAUUUCGUUAAGUUAAAACUUAAUGAAACACGAUGUGUUAAAUGAUUCUAUAAGAAACGUUCAUCUAUACUGCUGAGCAAGAGCACUUAAACGCAACAUUAUACUUCUGUGAUUUAUUUACUCCGCACUUUUGUGAUAUGUCCCACGAAAUUAACAUAGUGACGUAUGGGUGGUAAAUAGGCUAGCUGUAUAUUAGUUGUAAAUAAAUUUGGGAAUUUGUUGAAAUAGUAUAUGAGUUAAAAGAAGAGUGUAGGAAAGAGAUGGGGACAUAGGCUAUA